UCAGUUUCAAACAGCAGAAGCAUCACUAACCGUGCAGCACCGUUCAAAAAAAAAAUUCUUACAAUGGCCGUUAAGAUGAUCGUUUUCGCCACCUGCGUGGCCGCCGCUCUUGCACAAUACGCCGCCCCGUCGUACCCAGCGCAACACGCUCACGCCAUUCCCGCAUAUCCGGCGCCAAAGGCCUACGCUCAAGCCGAACACGCGUACGCCCCGACCCCGUACAACUUUGAGUACAGCGUGAACGACCCGCACACUUACGACGUGCACAGCCAGUCCGAGUACAGCGACGGAAACGGUUACGUCAAAGGAUCGUACAGCCUUUUGGAAGCCGACGGUUCCACCCGCGUCGUCGAGUACACCGCGGACGACCACAGCGGUUUUAACGCCGUGGUCAAGAACGAAGGUGGAUAUAAGACACCUUACAGUGCUCCUGCUCCUGCCUACAAGCCAGCUUACUCCGCUCCUGCUUACAAACCGGCCCGCACCAAGGACAAAUUAGGUAGCGAGAUGCGUGAUAAGUCACACACAGGACAGUUCAAGAAAAACAAAAUGGCGAUUAAGAUGAUCAUUUUUGCUGCCUGCGUGGCCACCACACUUGCCCAAUACGCCGCCCCGGCAUAUCCACAGCAACACGCAUACGCUCAAGCUGAACACGAGUACGCUCCGACUCCGUACAACUUCGAGUACAGCGUAAACGACCCACACACAUACGACGUGCACAGCCAAUCCGAGUACAGCGACGGAAACGGUUACGUAAAGGGAACUUACAGCCUUUUGGAAGCCGACGGUUCCACCCGCGUCGUUGAAUACACCGCCGAUGACCACAGCGGUUUCAACGCCGAAGUUAAGAAAAUCGAAGGACACAACCAAGGUUACAAGGCACCUUACAGUGCACCUGCCCCAGCCUACAAACCGGCUUACUCGGCACCAGCCUACUCAGCACCAACACACUCUGCUCCCGCUUACUCCGCUCCGGCCUACAAACCAGCAUACUGAUUUUUUUAGUAAUGCACUUUCUUCAAUCAUUUUUCCUAUUUUCUUUGUGAACUUCUCAAUUAUAUGGUUCACAUUGAAUCAUAGUUGCUAACUUAAACAUUAUCACUUUCAUAUUUAAAACGUUUAGCAUGAAUUCUGUGUUUAUUUUGUAAAUAUAUAAUCACAAAUGUGUAUUUAUUG